AUGGCCAAAUCAGUCUUAAUCACUGGCUGCAGCGAUGGGGGCCUUGGAGCCGCCAUGGCCAAGGUCUACCACGCCAAAGGCUUCCGGGUAUUUGCGGCGCUUCGCAACCAGGCCAAGGCUGGAUCUCUGGCUGAUAUCGAGGGGGUAGAGAUUGUCGAACUAGAGGUCACAUCAGUCGAAUCGAUCCAACAAUGUGCCAAGAUUAUUGCGAAACAUACCGGAGGGACCCUCGAUAUCCUCGUCAACAACGCAGGCGUCAACGCUAUUGUACCGCUCCUCGACGCAUCGCUCGACGACGCGAAAAAGGUAUACGACGCAAAUGUGUGGAGCGUUGUUGCCAUGGCACAGGCAUUCGCACCAAUGCUCAUCAAGGCCAAAGGAACCAUGUGCAAUAUCAGUUCAGUGUCGGGUGAAAUGGUUUUUGCCUGGGCGGGAGUGUAUAGCAGCUCCCGGAGUGCCGGGACGCGAAUUUCGGAGACUCUGCGUCUUGAGAUGGCGCCUCUGGGUGUGCGAGUAGUCACUGUCAUUCUGGGUGGCGUCCAGACCAGUGGAAACGAUCCAGCCAAUAUCCCGGACCUUGAGCUGCCUUCGACUUCGUACUACCGGAAGAUCACGGCGGUCAUUGAUCGGCAUAAAAAGACCAUGGUCCACCCCAACAAGCAGAGUAUCGAUGUGGCAGCGAGGAACGUCGUCGACGAUGUGCUUAGCGGGCGUGGGAAUUUUAUUCGACGCGGACAGGCUUCGACUCUUAGUUGGUUCUGUAAUACAUUUCUUCCUUAUGGACUGUUUACUUGGAUGAUCAAUCGGGAGUCUGCGUUGGGGGGCAUCGGUUUUGAGGAGACUGUAUCGCGGUCGUGA